UUAAAAUUGUUAUUUUUCAAUAAUUUUUUUUUCCGAGUGAUUUAUAAAAAAUGCUAUGAUAGGAUUAUAAUGGGUUCAAUAGGUUCCAGAUUCUAGAUAUAACUUCUGGGGUAUAGCGUAUAUACUGUAUGUCUGCAGUGUAGGUGUAGUAUGAAAAAUAAUCAUAUAAUCAUAAAAAUAACUAGAAAAAAGUUUGUAGUAUACGUCUUAUUUAAAACUAACUCGUACAUGGGUCAAUAACCCUAUAAUAAUAUAUUUUAUUACAUAGUAUUUAUUGGGAAAUUAACCUACAACCUUUGGAGGUCAAUCUCAUUAAAUAUCGGUGCAGGAUUAGUGCUUUCUUUUUUUCAUCGUUUUUAACAAGAAAUGUCGAUGAUGUUUAAUGUAUGUUGAAAAACGUAAUUUUAAAUAAUUAUCGAUAUUACAUUGUUUGUUGUUCCACGUUUCGUCUUAAUAGGAUAGUUUUGACUUUUGUCCACACUUCAAUCCCGCUACACGACCCACACACUGACCACGGUAUUGCUCGUAUAUAGUGCGUGUGUGCCGAGUGGGCAUCGGGGAGUUAGGGCGAAACGUCGUAAAUCUCGUAAAGUUGACUCGGACGACGACCUCCCUUCUCGCCAUGUGAGACGAAACCCAUCCUCUCCCGCCGUAGAUGGCCUCAUCUCUCUUUAUACACACAUACACACACAAAUAAUAUAUACACCUAUAUGUAUUCCGAUUCGGCUCGGGUUUGUUUUUCUUAGUUUGGGAAAAACUCGAGAAACUAUCGUACGGGUGCACCCUCGUAUCAGCGUCUGAACCGUCUCCAUACAUACGACUAUCAAUCAUAAUUCGUAUAUAGUAAAUAAAUGUAAUUAUAUUAUGAUGCCCGGCCGAAUAAUAUCGGUUGAUGCGUGCGUGCAAAAUAUACUUAUAAAAUAAGAAUUACUGAAGACACGUCUGAUCUAUAGGUACUAUUAUCAUAUUAUUGUAUUAUAAUAUUUUACCUACCUACCUACCUAUAUGGAUAGUGAUAAUAAUAUUACAAACACUCGGAGAACCGGUCUCCGCGGUUGGUCGGAGAGUAUAAUAACAUUAUAAUAUACGCGUAUCUAUGCAUGCAGCGGCGGCGUUAAUGAGCGGGUGAAAAGCUCCGGCGGCCGACCAAUUAAAACGCCGCCGCUGACGAUAAUGUAUGCGCGCGUCCCGGCGGAGGCGUGGCUGAUAAAACGGAAUAGAUAACGAGACACCAACCCUGUGCAUAUAUUAAUUAAAAAAAAGCUCCCCUCGCGUCCCCCUCCCACUGUUGGCCGCCCAAAGCUCCGGCGCGCCGCUUAUGCCGCCGCUGCCCGUUUCGCGUGCGUUCGCCGGGUAGGAGGCGACGGUGUGGUAGUGCCGCGCCCGGGCGGGGGCUUUUUUGAAUAUGCGCGCGCGGCACCACGGUGACGACGACAACGACGGCGGCCGAGGCGGCGGCGGGGCACGUCGUUCCCCGGCAUUAGCAUAUAUACCACCCCUCCGCGCGACGAACGCCGUUCUGCUAUACCGUCGCCACUACCCUCCGCGCCGACGACCCCGCGGGCCAACGGUUUGUCGGGUUCUAGUGCGCGUGCACGGCCGCCUCCUCCUCAUCCUCCUCUCCACGACUCCGCCGCCACUUACUACUCAUCCUCCUACUACUUAUACUAUAUACGACUCGGCGACGACGACGACGUCGACGAAUGCCCGCUAUACAGAUAUACAUGUAUGGGGGUGGCGGGGCCACCUUCACCCCUAUAUCACCUCAUCGCCAUCCCCACCACGUGAAGACGCUUAAUUAUAUACGAAGCGGGCGCGGGGGCGAACAACCACCGCCGCCGCUACCCCUAAGGAUGACGGAGCGCGCGAUGGGGUCGGGCGUGCGGAAAGCGUGCGUGGCGGCGGCGGCGGCGGCCCCUUUUCCCGCAUGCAAAACAGAAGCGUCCCGGCGCUGCCGCAGGCUCACGCGCGCUCUCCAGCAAAAAAAUAAUCGCGCGGCCCCGACAGUUCCAAAUAACCAUUCGCUCUGUGAUAAUAUACGGUCUGUGUAGUUCCUCAAAUUAUUAUUAUUAUUAUUAUUAUUAUUAUUAUUCUUAUUAUUAAAUAUAAAUCUUAUUAUAAUUUUUUUCCCGCGGUCUCUAAUUUUUUUUUUCAAUCGUGUCUAUUGUUUCGUUGCGUUUUUCUCGUCUUGAAUUUUUUUUUUAUUCGCAAACAAUCUUUGUAUAUUUAUGAUAAAUUAAAAUUGUUUUUAAUGACCGCGCUCGGUGCCACGGCCACGACGACCGCCGUCUGUGAUGGACAGUGUUUGACUUUUCUUCCGCGAAACGCCGCCAGUAAAAACGAUGGAACGAAAUAAAUAAAAAAUUUUUUUAAUAUAUUUGAACAUUUUCCGCGAGUGCACUACGGUCAGCGCGGCUAUUUAUUUCCGUCGGGCCGACGUCGUUCGCGGUUCCGUCGCAGCCGGACACUACUAACUAUUAUCAUUGUGGUGUACGCGGGGUAUGUCAAGGCAGUGGUGCGAAUACAUUGGUGAUGAUUGAUAACCAGAAAUGCCGUCACCGAUACCAAUACAAUCGUCCUCGCCAACAGGUGGAGGCCUAGUGGACUGUGCCGCCGGAUGGACAACAGACACACCGUCCGAGACAAUCAGCGCAGCGAUUAGCAAUAACGCCGCCGCCGCAGCAGUUGUCGUGGCCGACAUGAGCCCAGAAGAAGAGCAAUCGAGCUCGCCGGUGACGGGCGUGAUCGCCGGCCGGGAAGAUGAAGAGCGCCGCCUGACGUCGCCACCGUCUGGCAGCAAGUUCGACUCGGUGGCCAGCAAACCGGACGCCGAGUCCGAGUCGUGGGCGAACAGCAGCGAUGUGGAGAAGUUUGAUGGCAAGAUCGUGUACAACCCGGACGGGUCGGCGUACAUAAUCGAGGACAACAGUGAGCUGAGCGAAGAUGAUGGAGUCGACCUGCCGUCCGAGCUCCUCGGAUCUGGCAGUAUCGUGGACGGCCGGGGUGUGAACCUAUCGCAAGCCGAGGUGUUCCCGCAGAUCGCUAACGCGUUCUACGUGUCCCGGGCCAACUACGGGGACUUGUACGAGCAGCAGCAACAGCAGCAGCAAACCAACAGUGCGCCCGCCGCCGCGGCACUCAACAGGGUGUUCCAAGACAAGAAGAUAGUUCCUGAAGUGCCGGUGAUGCACAGCUACAGGGUGUAUACGGUCCGUGACAAGGCAGGCGCGCCGGAUAGCCGGACGCCGCCAUUGUCCAAUGACUGUUCGACGGUGCCCGUCAAGCCGAUACUCAUGUGCUUCAUAUGCAAACUGUCGUUUGGGUACGCGAAGUCUUUCGUAGCACACGCCACCGGUGAACACGGUGUCACGCUCCAGGAGGACGAGUACAACAUACUUGGGCACAAGAACGCGUCAGCCAUCGUGCAGUGUGUAGGCAAGGAAAAGGAGCCUCUGGUGUCGUUCCUCGAGCCCCUGGCCCUGUCCGCCAACAAAGCUCAUACUCGGACCGCAUCCCCGUCCCAGUCGUCGUCGUCGUCGUCUCCGAGCGCCGCUCACAAAGUUCCUAAUGCGUUUAUUAAUGACGGUAAUCGUUCCUCCUCUUCCGACGGCGGUGGCGGCAGCGGUGGCGACCAGAAGGGCUGCCCGGAAAGCCUGGUGGUGCACAGGCGCAACGCCACGCCGCCCACCUCUUCUCCGAGUGUCAAUACAGUUCCUGAGACGUCCGUCUCCCUACCUCAAUCUGGUAGUCCUAGAAGUAAUGUUAACUCGUUUAGUAUAAGUAAAAACAAUAAUUGUAGUAAUAAAGCCGCUGCCUCUGCAGCCAGCGGCAGGUCCAGUAUGUACGAUUGUAUCAUGGAUCUGACCAGGAAGAGUCCAAUAUCCGCGUUAGCCGUGUCAUCGGGCACGUCGGCCCGGAGCAACAGCGCUUCACCGGGUGCCAGCCCGUCACCAGGCACCACACUCAGUCCACAACUCAUAUCUGGUGGCGCCCCGUUAUCUUAUCCUCAACCACCGCCCAACUUUAUGACCGGCACUACAAUUGGCGUGUGUCCUGACCACAUGAACGGUAGGCCCAGUGGAGUGGACUGCGCGAGGUGUGAGCUCAUUUUAAGUUCCUCGAGACUGGGUGGCGUGGGUGGGUCGCUGGUAGGCAUGCACUCCAGAAAUUCGUGUAAAACGCUUAAAUGCCCGAAAUGCAACUGGCACUACAAAUACCAAGAGACGCUAGAGAUACACAUGAAAGAGAAACACCCCGAAUCCGAAACGUCGUGCGUGUACUGUAUCGCCGGGCAACCGCACCCGCGGUUGGCCAGGGGCGAAACGUACACGUGUGGUUACAAACCGUACCGCUGCGAGGUGUGCAACUACUCGACGACUACCAAGGGCAACCUAAGCAUACACAUGCAGUCCGACAAGCAUCUUAACAACAUGCAAGAGUUACAAAACGGCGGUGUGGCUGGUACUGAGAUGCAAAGGCACCAGGCCUCGUCGCCGUCCCAACAUCCGAAACAGUCUUCGGCCAUGAGCCCAGGAUCGACGAGCAGUCAACAUCCAGCUAUGAACAGCCCAAUGAUCAACCAGAAGCCCAAGCCCACGUUCAGGUGCGAGGUGUGCAACUAUGAGACGAACGUAGCCCGGAACCUUCGCAUACACAUGACCAGCGAGAAACAUACACACAACAUAAUGGUAUUGCAGCAGAGUGUCAAGCACAUGCAGACACUCAACGCCCUACAGACGCAUCACCAACAGCAGAUGAACUUCGAGUCGCUAAUGCAUUUCCACCCGGGGCUCACGCUCCCUGGGGAUAAGCCGCCGCCGCACUCUGAGGCAGCGCUCGCCGACAUGGCGUACAACCAGGCAUUAAUCAUACAAAUGAUGACUGGCGGACAAAUGCCGCCACACUUCACUGGCGACGUGUCACCGCACGUUGACACCGACAUCGGACUGAACCCAGAGACCAUGGAACCUCCGCCCGAGCCGGUGGACAAAAAUCCGAACUUUAUGUUCCAAUGCAGCACAUGCAGCACGUUUGUCACAGACUCGUUGGAAACGUUAUCACAUCACUUGUCCACCGACCGGACCAAAGUACGCGAACAAGAAAUACUGACCGUGGUGGCUGGAAACUAUAUAUGCAACCUGUGCACGUACAAGACAAACCUGAAAGCUAACUUCCAGCUGCACUGCAAGACCGACAAACAUUUGCAGAGGCUGCAACACGUCAACCACGUGAAGGAGGGUGGGCCGCAGAACGAGUGGAAGCUCAAGUACAUGUCGUCGCCUGGUGGAGUUCAGGUUAGGUGCAACGCGUGCGAUUACUACACGAACAGCACGCACAAACUGCAGCUCCACUGUUCCGGCCAGAGACACGAGGCCGCCUCGCUGCUGUUCCGGUACCUGCGGGACAACGACGCGGGUGACGCUUCCGUUUAUCACUGUUUGUUGUGCGAGUUCUCCAGCAAGGACAAAUUGCCGCUACUGCAACACGUCAGGACCGUGAAACACAUGCAAAUGGAGCAGCUGCACCAGAUGCAAAGGCGGUCUGAUGGAAAAGACAUACAGACCGAUAUAAACAUGGUGUUCCAAGUGACCAGUGCUCCGCAAACUUCCAUGUCCGUCGAUAGCGACCAAGAACAAGAUCGCGAAAAUAAAGGAGAUAACGAAAGUCAAAAUAUGUCUAUGGAUGCGAUGAAAGCAGAAAGUUCCGAACAGUUCGAAUUGGACUCUAAUCGCAACUCACCAAAAAUUACCGAAGGUCAAGAACAUUUAACUCCGACCGACCAGAAGAAAAACGAAUUGUACUGUCCGCUUUGUCAAGACGUUUUCGAAGAUUUAAUCAAUUUCGAAAAACAUUUAAUGAACAUUCACAGUGUAAACUCCGAAGGUCUCCAACGGCUGCUGAGCUUAGUCAACCAAUCGCACUGGCUGAACACAACAAAAUCUUCACAGCAGAGUCCGCCCCACACUUCAAAUAGUCCACCGUCGCCCGACUUGGACAAAUCAAUUGAAAAAUCUGAUGAAAAUCAAGAACAAGAUACAGACGAAAAUAAAUGUCCAACUUGUCAAAAAGUGUGCAAAAAUAUUGACGACUUGUGUCAACACCAAAACGAUACCGGCCACGUCGAAGUCAAACAGACACCAAAUGGACCAGGAUACCUGUGCUGGAAAAAAGGUUGCAACCUGUAUUUCACCACUGUUCAAAAUUUACAUAUUCACUUUCGCGAAGUGCACGCUGGACAACAAAAUAUUCUUGUAUCCGAGAAACACGUUUACAAAUAUAGAUGCAACCAGUGCAGUUUGGCGUUCAAAACGCUUGACAAAUUGCAAGCUCAUUCCCAGUAUCACGCCAUAAGAGACCUGACGAAGUGCAUAUUGUGCAGGCGCAGUUUCAGGACCGUUGCCACGUUUCAAAAGCACUUACAGACCGCCCAUCCAGAUCUGGCUCAAGCCGAUCUGGAAGCAUUAAAGCAAAACUCCAUGCUCCAAUUUGAACAGUCAGCUGACGAAAAAAUGGAAAUCGACGAAUCUGUCGACGACGAAGAAGAAAAAGACGAUGAACCCGAGUGUGAUAACAGUGACGAUUCGAUUGCGUUUAAACAACAGCAAUUGAUUGAAGACUACAUGAAUGGACAGACACUAGCUGAGGACGGGUACAAUGACUCGGAAAGAAAGUACAAGUGCCACCGGUGCAAAGUGGCGUUUACCAACCAGAAGUACCUGACGCACCAUAACAAAACGCUUUUACAUCGAAAAGGUGAGAAGCAGACCUAUCCGAUGGAAAAAUAUCUUGACCCGAACCGGCCUUUCAAGUGUGAGGUUUGCAAAGAGUCGUUCACACAAAAGAACAUACUUUUGGUGCACUACAACUCUGUUCUUCAUUUACACAAGUUGAAGCGGUCCAUGCAAGAACAACAGCAACAGCUAAAUAACAAUAACACGCCUAUCGUAUCAAACAAUUCGUCUUUCGCCGCUAUGAAUGCGGCGUCUAAGACGUCGGGCUCGACGUCGGAAGACGACGACAAAAAACCGUACAAGUGCAACAUUUGCAAAGUCGCGUAUACCCAAGGGUCGACAUUGGACAUUCACAUGAGAUCAGUGUUGCACCAGACUAGAGCUUCAAAGCUGCACGAUCUGGCGUUAGCCGGACAGGUGGACUUGACCAAACCGAUAAUCGAGCAACCCGAACAGGGCAGUCGACCGCCAUCACAAAACCGACAGGAUGCUGAAAGCCAAGCGUCCUGCAAAGACGAUCAACAACAAUUACAACUACCACAACAACAACAACAGCAACAACAACAACAUAACCACCACCAAAAGGGCAACCAGCUGAGCUGUCAACGAUGCAACGCGUUGUUUUCAAACCAAGACCAACUCAAUACCCAUCAACAGCUGUACUGCAUGUUCGGCACGCCGAUGAGUAUGUUGCCUAUGAAUCCGACACUGGCCUUUGCGGCCAACAAUCUGAGCGCUUCCGUUCAGGGACCAAAGUCGCCAUCGCAACAGUUAACGCUGACCGAAGAACAGCUGUUAAAAGUUCCACUGGCACUGCAAGGUAAGAAGCACUCGCACAUGUACAAGCUGCUGGAGAGCUAUGGGUUUGACUUGGUGAUGCAGUUCAACGAAAAUCACCAAAAGCGUAAGGAAAAUGAAAAGUUGCUGCAAGAGCUUACCGCCCAUCUGGAAAUGGAACACCAGGCGAACGCCGUCAAGGAGGAAAUUAAUGAAAUUAAUGAAGAAGAUACCGGCGACUUGCCUGAAGUUGCCAAGUCAACAUGCGUGCACUGCAACAAAGAGUUUUCCAGUGUAUGGGUGCUGAAAGCUCAUUGUGAAGAGGUCCACAAGGACCUAGUGCCGUUUGAUUUUCUCGAGAAAUACGCCAAACAGAUUAAAUGUGAAAUAGAGAAGAAGGGUAACGAACCGCCGACCGCCAACACCACUACGUCAUUGCCGUCAUCGACAUCCGUGUCUACAACCACAACGCCAACGGCCAGGAUUGGCUCGCCGUCCGAGGACGUGUCCGUUAAGAUGGAAAAUGAACAGGACAUCGAAGCACAAGCAGAAAAUGUCGAUUACAUGUCCAACGCAGCCACAUCGUCAACCGGUGAACCGUCCAACGUGAAUAUGUCCGGUGUACCACCAAACAUCCCGCUGUCGGUCGCUCAGCACUUGAAUGAAAUGCAAGCGGCAUUCAACGCGAUGGCAGCAUCGCAACUUACACAACAACUUCAACAAUUCAACCCUAUGAUGGUGGCCAGUAUGGCCGGCCUUGGUAUGGGGCUGCCUUUGGGCCUUAACAUGCAAGCGCUUGCCGCUAUGAAUCUACAACCACCGUUGGUGCCCAUGAUGAUGCCACCACCGAAUUUCGAGUCCAUAAUGGGUUCGCAACAAAAUACAAUGUUCCAACAACAACCUUCCUCCAUGGACCCAACUGGAAUCCUAGCGAAACAGCAACAAUUACUUCAACAACAGCAACAAGUGCAACAAAAUUCGCAACAAAAACGAGCGAGGACACGCAUCACUGAUGAUCAAUUGAAAAUCCUACGUGCUCACUUUGACAUAAACAAUUCUCCAUCUGAAGAUCAGAUACAAGAAAUGGCCAGCCAAAGUGGUCUCCCACCCAAAGUCAUCAAACACUGGUUUAGAAAUACAUUAUUCAAAGAAAGACAGAGAAACAAAGAUUCUCCGUACAAUUUCAAUAAUCCACCAUCGACUACGUUGAAUUUGGAAGAAUACGAGAAAACCGGUGAAGCGAAAGUGAUGCCUCUUACUCAACCAAUACCAAUAAUCGAAAACACCGACGUCGUCGUCAUUAAAGAAGCGCCCAAAACACCGACAUUCGCGAAAAAGAAGCCUCUACAAACCAGCACCCCCAAUAAUAACACUGUCGUGCGAGCACAGAGUCAAACACCUACAUUUCCGCAACAACAGACAUUUGCUCAAAACUUUUCUAGGCCAUUCACCACACAAUCGUUGGAGUCUCCGGUGAAGAUGGAAUCACAAGUCAAACCAGAACCGAAAGAUGCCGAAACUAGUCAGCCUGAAACGAAAUUUCCGUGGGGAAAUCCCGAGUCUCCGUCCAAACGUAGAGAUUCGGUUGAAGAAAAACAAAAUCUGUACAUUCAUCAUGACAGAGGGUCGCCGCUAGAUUUAAACGCCGCUGAAAAUCUAACUUUGUCUUCAAUUUUAACUUCUCAACAUCAAGAAAUGAAUAUGUCAAAUGCAAUUUCCACCAGCAAUAUGCUACCACCGAAAAUAUCUGCAUCGAGUUUUACUUCGCCACCACAAAUGUCGGUCACCACACAAUCGGGACCCAGGAGCAUUAGCCCUGGUAGAUCGCCAAAUUCGUCUGAUGGGUUUCCGCACUCAAUCAUGAUGAACCAGAGUAGCGGUGGUUCCGGUGGUUCCACGUCGUCUGGUAAACGGGCAAAUAGAACUCGUUUUACGGACUGUCAGAUCAAGGUGCUUCAAGAAUUCUUCGAAAACAACGCCUACCCAAAAGACGAUGACCUCGAGUAUCUGUCAAAAUUGCUGAACCUGAGCCCAAGAGUGAUCGUCGUGUGGUUCCAAAACGCCCGACAAAAAGCCAGAAAAGUUUACGAAAAUCAGCCAGCUGUAGAACCUGCACCAGGUAUUGUUGAAGAGGGAUCAAAUCGAUUUCAAAGAACACCUGGUUUGAACUAUCAGUGUAAUAAAUGCCUGUUAGUGUUCCAGAGAUAUUAUGAACUCAUUAGACAUCAGAAGACGCACUGUUUCAAAGAAGAGGACGCCAAAAGGUCGGCUCAAGCUCAAGCAGCAGCCGCCCACAUCGCGGCUGCAUUGAGUUCUGAAGAUUCGAACUCAAGUACUGUAGAAAAUCAUCAAGGACAAAGCGCGAACUCUAAUCCGAUGACUCCAACUCCGACACCGACUCCGAGUUUGACAUAUCCGACGUCACCGAUUCAAACGUCAUCUUCACAUGACAAAGAAAACGUUUACAACUGUGAACACUGUACUUCGGUGUUCACCAAACUUGACCAGUGGAAAGAACACCAACAAGUUCAUUUAAUGAAUCCAAAUUUGUUCCCUACUUAUCAUCCAGAAAGUGCUUUUGGAAUUUUACAACAGCAAGCACAAUUACACCAACAACAACAGCAGCAGCAGCAGCAGCUCCAACAACAACAAUCUCAGUCACAACAGAUGAGUGGUACGUCCGAAUUGAAUGCUAACCCCACGUCGUUGAUUUUGUCCAUGAUGCAACAGAAUAAUAAAAGAUCAUUCGAUGAAUUUGACGAUCAUAGCGAUAAAGAAACGGAGUUCACAAAAGACAAACGUCUAAGGACCACUAUUUUACCAGAACAGUUGGAUUACUUGUAUCAAAAAUAUCAGAUCGAGAGCAAUCCCUCUAGAAAGAUGUUGGAAAGCAUUGCGCAAGAAGUUGGUCUAAAGAAACGUGUAGUGCAAGUGUGGUUCCAAAAUACCAGGGCCAGAGAGCGAAAAGGUCAGUUCAGAGCGCAUUCUCAGGCGAUUAAUAAGAGAUGUCCGUUCUGUUCAGCCAUUUUCAAAAUCAAAUCGGCGUUGGAAUCGCAUUUGCAGACCAAACACCCGGAACAGUGUUCCAGGGGAUACAUAAACGUAGACAACAUUCCAGAUGAAGAUGUCAGUAUGGACUCAUUCGCGUCGUCCCAGAUGAGCGAGAUCGGGCAAAAGAACCAGACGUACGCAUCGAACCCGUACUAUCAAAACGCGGAGGACGUGGAAAACCUAGGUAAAAUGUACCAGGAGUCGUUGAAGAGAUAUAUGGAGGAGAUGCAACAGUCGAGUAUGCAGAACGGUGUUUUGUCCGAGGGUGGUGAGAAAACUAAACCGGAGGGAGAUAGUCCGCUAGAUCUGAGCAAGCCCGUUGAUUUGCGUAUGGAUCAAGAACAGGAUGAUGACGAAGACAGCAUGUCUGAAUGCACGGACAUCAUGGAUGACGAAAGCCCAGCUUCACCUGCGUCAAGCACUCAGAGCGGUCAGCAGAGAGUAAAUGCUCCGGGUGGUAGCAGUAGCAGUCAAAACAAACGGUACCGGACGCAGAUGAGCAAUGUGCAGGUGAAGGUGAUGAAAGCACUAUUUGAUGACUACAAGACCCCGACAAUGGGUGAGUGCGAGAUGCUGGGCCGUGAGAUCGGCUUGGCAAAGCGCGUGGUUCAGGUGUGGUUCCAGAACGCACGGGCUAAGGAGAAGAAGUAUAAGCUGCAAACCAAGCAGAACCAAGAUCUGACUGGACCACCGGACGAGUGCAAGUAUUGUCGAUUCAAAUACACUCACAAGUAUUCCGUCCAAGACCACAUAUUCACCAGCCGGCACAUCGCCCUGGUCAAGCAGCACGUGGAGAGCCGCAUGUCGGUGUCCGACAUGUCGGGCAACUGCAGCGAUGGUGACUUCACGGUGCCGCCCAAUCCGGGUGACCCGCACAACAACAACCUUCCCAACCAGCAAGUCAAUCAGAUGCAGAUGCUCCAGCUGGCUGGGCUCAUUGGCCAGUCUCCCGUUGCGCAGGCCGUGGCCAUGGCUACCAUAGCGAAGCUGGACGGCAAGGACCAGUCGCAAAUGACCGCCGAGGAGUUGGCCUUAUUGCCGCACCUGUACAACCUGGGCGUGACUUUCCAGCAAGGAUUCAUGCACCCGGGCACAGCAAUGAUGACGUCGCCAGCUGCAGGCGUUCCUAGCACCACAGCGGCCACGACAAAUGGUAUGCGUACGACGGCCGUUGCAGCAGCAGCAGCAGCGGCAGCCGUCGCCGCCGCCGCCGCCGCCAACAACAACAACAAUACGUCUACGGGCACCAUGACAGCGGCCGCUGGCCCGCAAGAACAUCAGCAACAGCAGCAGCAGACCGGCCCGUCGGGAACUCCGGUGCGCAUGCUCCAACUCGAUCAGUCGGUGAUCCAGGCCAUCGCGGACCGGUGCCGGACAGUGCGGCCAGACCAGACGGCCGUGGUCGAAGUGGCGGCCACAGUGCCAGCCGUCGAACUGCCGGCCGAGGGUUACGCCAUCGACGGCGGACGGACGGUCGGGCACGCUUGCGCCAAGUGCCAGCUGGCGUUCCCGGACAACGGGGGCCUGGCCGCUCACCAGCAGCGCGACUGCCGCACCACCGGGUCCGUGGCCCUGGCCCACCCGGCGUACGGGUGUCGGUCAUGUGGCGUGGGCGCCAACGGCGAGACCAACACGUACGGCACCGUGCACGCUCUACGCGCGCACAUCGAGACGGCCCAUCGCGGCGGUCACUACGGCAACGCCGCCUCGUCGGUCGGCCGCCACCAGCACCUGCAGCACCAUCACCACCACCAUCAUCAACAGCAACAGCAACACCAGCAACAGCAACUGCACAUGCAGCAGCUCGUACCGUCGCCCAACCUUUCGGACGAGAUGGAGGACGUGGUGAACCAGAUCACGGCGCUGGCCGCGGCCAAGGCGGUCGGUCGGAGUCCGUCGCCCCGCGACCCCAAUAGCGACUCGAACGCCAAUCUGUUUUGCGCGCCGGCUGCCGAUAAAAAGUCGUCCGGCACUGCCGCCUCCGCCGUGGCCACCGCUGCCGCCAAGAUGCACAAGUUCGCCGCUCCGCCGGCCGCGUGCAACGUCGCGCCCGCCGUGCCGAGCAGCGGCCAGUAACUCCGACCACUACCACCAGCACCAUCACCACCACCGACGCCACUACCACCACCAUCAGCUCGCCCGCCGCUGACAGGACGCGGCCGCUCAGAUUUCUCCACUUUGGUCGCCGCUGACAAUGACUACGACAAAAUAUGUUAUGCAAGACGUAUGUAAUGUGUGUAUGUAUAUUAUUAUUACUAUUAUUAUUAUUAUUACUAUUAUUACUAUUAUUUAUUUAUUUAUUUAUAUUAUAAUAUUAUUGUGUAAAACUUACCCAAAGUUCCUUUUCGACACACUCAUGUUCCUGGGGAGAGGACUUUCUUCGAUUAUUUUUUUUUGGUUUUCGAUUUUUGGUUAUUGCGAUUUUCCUGCACUCGUAUGAUAAUAAUAUUAUUCAAUAUUAUUCGUACCAUCACGCGCUGCGCGUAUUAUUUCACGUCGGUUAAACGAUAAAAUAUGAUAACGAAAAAAAAAACAGUACCGCGCCUCUCCCCAUUUUUGCGCGUCCCGUCUUAAAAUGUUUUGUAUAGAGCAAAUAAAUUUCUACGGUUUUUCGUUUCCUCACUAUUUUUGUUUUCAUCUCAUAAAAGGUACGUAGUUCCUCGUAUUAAGAAAAAUCACUAACGAUACGAAAAGAAAUAAUUAUUUAUGUGUGUAUAAAAAACAAAAAAAUACGAUAACUGAAAGUUCCUUUACGCUACUUGUUUGUUUGUUUGUUUGUUUAUUUAUUUAUUUAUUAUUAUUAUAUUAUUACUAUUAUUAUACUAUUAUUAGUAUUAUAGGUUUUUUUUCUUAUUAUUUUUUUAUUGACGCCGUUAAAAAAAAAAGAUACGCGCGGUUUUUUGGAAACUACUAAUGAAUAAUUAUAUUAAAUGAAAACGUACUAAACUCGAUUAUAAGAGUUAUUAUGAAAUGAUGUAAAAUUUAGCGCAAUCAUUUACGGUCGCUUAGUAUUUCGUAGCAUAUGUUUAGAGUAUAUAUAAAUACGUAUAUAUAGGUUUGUGUAAAUAUGAAAAGAGAGUACGGAAAAAAUAAACCGAAAAAUCAUCAUUAGGUGUUAAGUAUUGUAAUGCAUUUCUACAAUUAUUAUUAUUAUUAUUAUUAUUAUUAUUAUUAAACGUUUUAGGUAGGUAAUUUUAUUUAACGAAUAUUUAUUGUAUUCAAAAUUAUUAUUGAUAUUAAGUCAAGUAACAAACACCUCGCUAUAAUUGUGCUGUAAUAAUUUUAAUUAAUUUAAUGAAUUAGCAAUCGAUAAAUAUUAUAUAAAUAUAUAAAUAUAUUUAAAUAUAUGCCCUAUUUUAAUUGGAUAAACUCAUUAUAAUUAUAUAUAAUAUAUCAUUAAUGUUUGAAGACAAAAUAAAAUAAUAUUAUAGUAUGUUAAGGCAGUGUUUCUAGAUGUGUAAAAAGAGAAAAAAAAUUAACAACAUACUAACAGACUUAUUUUAUAAUAUGCUCCCUGAUCUAUGGUUUACUAAAUUCACUUGUUUUGGCAUUCUUGUGUUUCUUCGGAACAGAACAAAUUAUAACGUUACGAUUAUACCCCCUCAAUAACUUUGAUUACUUCAACCGAUUUAUUUUCGGCAGACCGAUAUAUAUAUAAUAAUAAACUAACUUUUUUUUCGUAUACGUAAUAAAUUGUAUACACUAUAAUUUUUAAAAAUUUUCGGGGGGCGUGGACCGAGUGUCCUUUGAAUUGUUGGCACCAAAGGGCCCGCGAUCCCCGUUGCCCCCCGGCGACCUCCCCAUAUCGCCCCUAUCAUUUCCUGCAUUCGUGCCACCCGCCCAUUCGAUCGCGCCCGAUUCGUAGAUAUCACAGAGAUGGGUGUAGAAAAACACUCACCGGAACGCCAAAAAAAAAAAAACAACACAAUUAUAAUGUUGAAGUCGGAUGCGUUUCGGG